AUGGCCUUAAACGCCCCCAAGUCACCUCAGCAGGAAUUUGUCGAUCAGAUGAGUGCUAUUGACAUCCAGAUAGAGGAGUGGUGGGCGGCUUACGACCGAAUGGGUGAUGUAGAAAAAAGACAACAAAGACCGGUGCUGAGAGCAUUGGAGGCACACAGGUUCAAUCUUGCAGCCCAGCGCGAAUCGGCACAUGAGAAAGAUCUAGCCGACUACGAAAAGAAGAUUCAGAACCGAGUUGAUAGCCUACUCGACCAAGAUGAAAGCCAGCGGCGACGAUUGGAAUCAUUGCCCGAUUCAGGACUGGAGAGCGAGCAAAGCGAUGAGCAAUCGCCGAGUCCAUCUGUUGAGGACUCACAGGGCGAUGAAUACGAGUACUAG